CUGAAGAUAGCCGCUUCCGGGUGAAAUAAAAAUUGGACACAUAUCGCGUCUAGUUAUUUUGUUCAUUAAUGACUGUUUGGGAGCAACAUUUCGGAAUAAGUUUGCCCAUCUUAUCUUAUAUUAUAUUAUCUAUGGCGCACACAUGUGCACAUCUAACCUCCGCAUUCAAUUUUUCAACGUCUUCAAUUAUAUAUUAAAUUAAUUGUUUCACAAUGGGAAAGCAAAAGCGACAGCGACCCAAGAGACACAUGAAAAGUCCUAUCGGAUUACCAUCUGUCAAGGAGCUCGAAUUGAGUGAGGAAGUUACGGAGGGAACCAGAGAAAAGGUUUUGCAAAAUGCUUAUGGAGAUGUUAAAUCAUGUAAUAUUGAAGAGAAAUUGUCCGCUUUGCAAAUAUUGGCUUCAAUGUCGUGCGACUCCUCUAUGGCUAUACAAAUUGCUAAGGAUGGUAUAGCAAAAAUAAUUGGACCGAUGCUGAUGGAUAGUAAUGCUGUUAUACGAGCCAAUGCUGCGCAUACACUGAGGGAAAUUGCUGAAAAUGGUGGAGAAGAUGCAUAUAUUGAUUUUCUCAAGGAUGACAUUAUGACUCCGUUGAUCGCAUUAUUGAAACAGUAUCAUUUAGAUUGGUGCUCAAAAAAACCAGGAGACGAGAAGGAGACUUUUGCUCAGGCAAUUGGUUUGUUGCGGAUAUUAUGUGCAAAUAAUGAGAGUGCACUCAAAUGUGCCAAUGAAGAGGAUUUAGCAUUUCUUUUAAUGAAAUUUUUAGAUAUUAAUAGUUACGGCUUUGAAACUGUUACUAUUACUGCACAAUGUAUGAUAUGUCUGUCGGAUGAGAACAACACUGCCAUUAAGAAAAUCAAGCAGAACGAAUCUACUUUAUUCAGUUUGCUGGAUUUGACAAUGGAUAAUAAUACUGCCUGCAAAGUGCUAGGUGUAAAAACUGCAGUAGCUGAUCUUUUAAUUAAUAUAAAUAAUUAUGCAGAUACUAACCAGACACAUAUAUUUUGCAAAGUGUUGUCAGUACUCUCCGAAGUACUUGCAGUUGAUCAUAAACAAGUGCUGUCAUGCUUAACAUCCAUCUUGCCCCAUGAAAAAAAUGCUGUCUCGAGCGAUAAAAGGAAAAAGGUGCAACAAAAUAAAAAGAUGUUGGGAUUACAAGAACAAGCUUUGCAGAUUUUAGCAAACUUAUGCUAUGAAGACGAGGACAGUGAAGAUAUUGAUUCUGAUAUUGAUGAUUCUGAGGAAAUGGAUAUAGAGUCUGAAUGCAUGGACGAUGAUUCUAUGGAUGACAAUUUGAAAAUGACGUCGACGCUUCCAGUGGAAUUGGUUGAAGUUAUAAACAAGUGUAAUUUAAUUGAUAAAAUUUGGAAUAAGACUGAACUCGUGAUGGAUAAAGACAACCAGGAAAUAUUGACUCAAACCGUGGAAGGUGAAACUGUAGUGAAACAAUUUCAUGAUAUUCAAUGCGCAGCUUAUUUAUGUCUAAACAACUUACUAUGCAAUUUGGAAGUUGACGUUUUUGGUGGCGUUGAUAAUUUGUACAGAAAAUGGGUGGAAAUCGGAGCGAUUGUAUUUAAAGACGUCGCUUCGACCAAUAUAGAGCUUCUAGAAGCGGCUACAGCUGCCAUGAGGGCUAUUCUUCAACAAUUGGCCAAAGUACGGGCGAACGUUUUUAAAAAGUUGACCAUCGACGACUUUGAACCGAUGUUAAAUUGUGUACGUCAAUGUUCCAACGCGAGUGUUCGUGUCAAUUUGAUAAGGAUGCUCUGUAAUGUGGUAGAAAUCCUGAUGAAUAACAAAAAUUCCGAGAAUGAAGAAAAUUUCGAGAAUGACGAAAAUUUCGAGAAUGACAAAAAUUCCAAGAAUGACGAAAUAAUAAGGUCUAUUUCCACGUUCUUACUAAACAUCUGCACGGUGGAGACUCACGCGUGGGUUAUUGCGGAAUCUUUAGACGCACUUAUGGACAUAUUCGCGGAGGAUGAGACCGACGAAUUAGCGAUAGAUAUCGAGUUGGUGCAGACACUGUCAUCUUUACUACCGCGCUUUAAAACCAAAGUGCGACAGCAGAAAAAAAAAUUGAAAGACGGCAUUUCAGUAGUAUCAACUGUGAAUGCAAACUUAACGAGGUUUAUAAAAUAUAAACAGAGGCAAAUAAGAAACCUUAGUGAACAAAGCAAACUCCAUUAAAUGAUUAUUUUACGAAAAAGGAUUUGUAGAGAUGAUGAGAUUGGAGAUAUUUUUACAAUAAAUAAUUUAUUUAAAGUUUCUCCAAAGAA